GAUUGUUGAGAGUAAGGUUGAGAGGAAAACAGAUCAAAAUCAAGUUUCCUUCAACAAACCCAAUCAAACCUUCCCUGUUGGAAUUAUCAAGUUGACUUGGGCCAUCAACAUCAUCGUCAUCACUACCAGCAAAAGUAGCAGUUGUAAAGACAAGCAAUGAAGACCAUAAGUUAAUCAAUUAGUAAAUUUGUUAAUUUCAAUGUGAUUAACAAAUGAAGAUUCAAGCCAGGUGAUUCAUUCAACGUCCUAUCCCAUGUACAAUUACUUUUUACUUCUUUUGUGCCAGAUGAAAAUUGUGAACGACAAUCUUAACCAGUUAAUUUAAUUUAAAUUCACUUUUCUGUUCUACAAUUCAAUACUUUUACUGAAGAGGAGCCAUCAAGAUGACUUACUUCAACGUUCUACUAGUCACCAUCUUUUAUUUAAUGGUUAAUCCUGUUACCCUUUCCCUAGGAACCAAUACUACCUCACCUUUACCCUCAAAUCAACCUACGUUUCUUCUUAAUGAUAAUUAUGGUAGCAAUAACAGGAAUAGCAAUAGUCCACUGUUGGAAAAUUUGGAGGACAUCGAAGCUCUCUCUUAUUUUCUGUUGGUCAGUCACAAUAAAGAUAGAUGUCGAAUCAAUCCAAAUGAUGCAAGUUAUGGUAAAAAAGAGGAGAACAAAUGGUGCAAUAAAAAUCUUUCUGAAUCAAAUUUAUUCAGAUUUUUUGAGGAUCUUCGAAGUGGCAAUGUUGGCGAAUCAGAACAGUUUCUCCAAAACAUUGACUGUUCCUUCGAAGUCGACAAUUACCUGAGAUUAAUCAAUAAUUUAACUUCCAGUCCGUCAACUUCAUCACAUGCUUCACCUCUACAGCCAUCAUCACCAUCAGUCUCAUCAGCAUCUGUAUCUUCGCCAUCACCUUCAUCUACUCCAGCAUAUUCAUCAGCAUCUACAUCUUCACACUCUGAACAUCACCGGUCUAAACUUUUGUCAAUAUGUGAGGCGGCAAACAAAUGUCAAAACAGCGAUGAUAUGUUAAAUUUAAUACGAAAGGUUGAAUUGCCCAAUUCAGAGUUAGAUGUUGAAGAUAUUGAUUUACGGUUAAGCCAUUCAAUUGUUAAACUUUGCCCUGUGAUAUUAUUUCAACUUCAUGAUUCCAAGUGCUCAUCAAAUUUAGCUGGAGACGAAACUUUACAAGCUCGUCCCUCAGUUGGCUCAGUUUGGGGUUUCUCUAUACUUUUUGUAACCAUAAUUUCAUUCUGUUCACUUGUUGGGGUCAUGAUAAUGCCUUUUAUUGAUAAAGAUUCAUUUACAAAUGCAAUGAACUUAUUGGAAGGUUUAGCUGUUGGAAGUUUAGUUGGAAGCUCAUUGUUUCAUCUUAUACCACAAGCAUUUGAUCUGGUCAUCAAAUAUCCAUCUCAUGAUUUUCUUUGGAAAGCUUUAAUUAUAUUUGGCGGAAUCUAUCUAUUCUUUUGGUCUGAAAGAAUAAUGAAAAUUGUCUCCGAGUUUAAGCGUAAAAAAAAGUUAGCCUCUGUUUAUGUGCCGACCUCAACUGAUCCUAACAACGAUUCUUCUAAUUUGGCCAGUGGAUUUAAUGCAAUGAAACACGUUUAUUUUCGUGAUAUGGGAGAUGAUGAUGUCAGUAAAUCCUUAACCUUGGCUAAUGGUGCUCAAGAGAAAGAAGGUGCUCAUAAUUUGGAAGAGACGACAUUCACCAAUGGACCUAAUAAUAAUGCCUCUGUGCCUGAUUCAGUUACUCCAAGUAAUAACCCUUUACGAAAAACAUCUUGCAGUACCUCUUCAUUGAAUAAACACUUUCACUCUCACAUUGGAGAUACUUCGAGUAAUCCCGGUGAACAAAAUAUUGCCACUGUUGCCUGGAUGAUUAUUCUUGGUGAUGGAUUACAUAAUUUUAUCGAUGGUCUUUCUGUAGGAGCUGCCUUUUCAAACUCAAUUUUAACUGGAAUAAGCACUUCAGUUGCCGUUAUCUGUGAAGAGUUUCCUCAUGAAUUGGGUGAUUUUGCUGUUCUCAUCAGUUCAGGAAUGACCCUUAGACAAGCCAUUGGUUAUAAUUUCCUCUCUGCUUGUACCUGUUAUCUUGGGAUGAUCCUAGGAAUAAUAAUCGGCGACUUUGCUGCUGGAAGUACAUAUAUUUUUGCCCUUGCCGGGGGAAUGUUUCUUUAUAUUGCCUUAGUUGACAUGAUGGCUGAACUGAGUGCAUCACUUGAUGAAGCCAUGGCUCGAUCAACAAGUUCAAUGAUAAAAGCUUUAAUUUUACAGAAUGUUGGAAUUCUUUUAGGUGUUGCAACGCUUUUCCUUCUCGCCAAAUAUUCGAGUCACAUUAAUUUUGAAGGAUUAGCGCCGUUUGACCAGAGUGAAUUACCUAUUGCAAUGACAGAUACUGUUUCAGUAGUUGAAUGAAAUUGUUUUUUUUUUGCAGAAUCAACUAUUGUUGUUACAAAAUUUUACGAUUCAUUUUUGGCGCCAUUUUCUGUUCUGGAAAGGAAACGAGAAAUGCUCACAACUAUAUAUUGAUUUAAUACCAUCACAUUUUUUGUGGUCAAUCUUUGUAAGUUUAGAUUUAUAAGGAUAUUUUUUAUUACAAGAGAUGAGAAAUGUUUAUAUCGUGAGGUACUUUUUUAGAAAUACUUUUUUUUCAAGAAAACUAAAAUUAACUUUUA